AGCCAACAUUUUGUGAUUUUAUUGUUGAUUGCAUCAUAUCCUUUUCUAUUUGUUUUUUUGUUUGUUUUACAUGUAUAUAUCUUGUAUUUUUAAACUAAGUUUUCGUGAACUAAAAUCUCGAUCAGAACUUGUAUAACAAGUCAUCGAUCUCACUCAAUAUUCUGUUAGAGAACUCGAAUUAUCAGUCAUGAAUUUGUCAAGAUUACUCUUUAUGAUCAGCAGAAGAUGGAAUAAUCUUAAGGGGCUAAAACAAACUCUGCAAGUAGUGGUAAUCCUGCUUUCUUUAAUACUUGCCUUAUCGGUUUUUAUGAUAAUGAGAGGAGGAAAAUACAAUCUUGGUCACUUAAAAGGUUGUAACUUCCCUGCAAUAUUCAACUUUGGUGAUUCUAAUUCCGAUACUGGCGGUAUAUCUGCUGCGUUUCAUAGACUUCAUCAUCCUAAUGGCUAUUCUUUCUUCAAUAAGCCAUCUGGUCGGUUCUGCGAUGGGCGUAACAUCAUUGACUUCAUAGCUGAGAAAUUGGAAUUGCCUUACCUGAGUGCAUACUUAGAUUCUAUUGGGACUAAUUUUCGACAUGGAGCAAAUUUCGCUACUGGAGGGUCUACUAUUGAGAAAAUGAAUACUAGAAUAUUUGAAGGUGGUUUUAGCCCAUUUUCUCUUGACUUGCAGCUUUUGCAGUUUGAACAGUUUAAAGAACGGACUGUCGAGCUAUACAAUCAAGGUAGAAGCUCUUAUGUUACGAAUAGUCUUCCGAGACCUGAGGAUUUCUCCAAGGCGCUAUAUACAUUGGAUAUCGGACAGAAUGAUCUUCAUGCCGGACUCAAGUCAAUGACUGAGAAACAAAUUCUGGGAUCUAUACCCUAUAUUAUUGAUCAGUUUGCUCAGGCAGUAGAGAAACUGUAUCAACUGGAAGCAAGAACAUUUUGGAUACAUAAUACAGGCCCCAUUGGCUGCUUACCGUAUUCCGUAAUAAACUAUCCUCCGAAACCUGGAAACGCGGACCAAAUUGGUUGCGUCAAGUCCCAGAAUGAUAUUGCUCAAGAAUUUAACAGGCAGUUGAAAGAUAAGGUGGCAGAGCUUAGGAGAGAACUGCCAGAUGCAGCGAUUACUUAUACCGAUAUCUACACAGCGAAAUAUUCAUUAAUCUCUGAAGCAAAGCAGAAUGGUUUUGCUGAUGCAUUCGGAUAUUGCUGCGGACAUUACGGAGAUUAUCAAGUACGAUGUGGCGAAAAGGCGAUGGUAAAUUGGACAGAAAUUUCAGGAGAUGCAUGUAGUAAUCCUGAAGUGUAUAUUAGUUGGGAUGGCAUACAUUAUUCUGAGGCUGCAAAUCAGAUUGUGGCCAAGAAAAUUGUUGAUGGUUCCUUGUCAGAUCCUCCACUGCCCAUUGAUGAAGCAUGUAUACAGCAUCAUAGGCUGCAUAGCACUAAUGCAAUGAGAUAGAAAUUAUUUUUUGGAUUGAUGUUUGCUGACUGAAGCAGCUAUGUAACUAGAAUGAAACCACAUAAACAAGCAUUAUACUGUUUUUAAA